ACGGGAUCCGGUUCAAUCGCGGCUGCGAACAUGAACACCGAGAAGGACUUUUCGCCGCUGACGCCCAACAUCGUCCGGGCUCUGAAUGAUAAACUGUACGAGAAGAGGAAAGUCGCAGCUCUAGAAAUCGAGAAACUGGUGCGAGAGUUUGUGGCUCAGAACAACUCCACUCAGAUCAGGCAUGUUAUCCAGAUCCUGGCCUCGGAGUUUGCGCUUUCCCAGCACCCCCACAGCCGAAAGGGGGGUCUCAUUGGACUGGCGGCUUGCUCUAUCGCCCUCGGCAAGGACUCGGGUCUGUAUCUGAAGGAGCUCAUUGAGCCUGUACUCACGUGUUUUAAUGACUCAGAUAGCCGGUUGCGCUACUAUGCCUGUGAGGCCCUGUAUAAUAUAGUCAAGGUGGCCAGGGGAGCAGUGCUGCCCCACUUCAACCUGCUGUUUGAUGGUCUCAGCAAGCUUGCAGCAGAUCCAGACCCCAAUGUGAAAAGUGGGUCUGAACUCCUGGACAGACUGCUAAAAGACAUUGUGACGGAAAGUAACAAGUUUGACUUAGUGGCGUUUGUCCCCCUGCUCAGAGAGAGAAUCUACUCCAAUAAUCAAUACGCUCGGCAGUUCAUAAUUUCCUGGAUCCAUGUUCUGGAGUCUGUGCCAGACAUCAACCUGUUAGACUACCUCCCUGAAAUCCUGGACGGGCUCUUCCAGAUCCUGGGAGACAACAGCAAGGAGAUCCGUAGGACGUGUGAGGUGGUACUGGGAGAGUUUCUGAAGGAGAUUAAGAAGAUGCCCUCCAGUGUGAAAUUUGCUGAUAUGGCCAACAUCCUCGUCAUCCACUGCCAGGUGGCGGACGAAACAAAACUCACAAACGACCUGAUCCAGCUGACGGCUAUGACCUGGAUGAGAGAGUUUAUCCAGCUUGCAGGCAGAGUGGUGCUCCCCUACUCCUCUGGCAUCCUAACUGCAGUGCUGCCCUGCCUUUCCUAUGAUGACCGAAAGAAGAAUACCAAAGAAGCAGCCAGUGCCUGUAAUCACAGUCUGAUGAAGCUGGUCACUCCUGAGGAUGAUGAGGACGAGGAUGAGGCGAAAAGCGGGAGUACGGGGUCGCCAUCUAGGGAGGACGGCCAGCCUAAGACGGAGGUGGACAGCAAUGAUAUGCUGAAUGCCUCACAAGAAUCUGUUGGUUUCAGUAACAUCAGCUUCUUCACUCCAGCAAGUGCUGACAGGCCCCAGGUAACUCUGGACCUGGAUGGUAUCGUUCAGGUGUUGGACCGGCACCUCCACGACUCCUCCACUGGCAUGAUGACACGCAUUGCUGUGCUCAAAUGGCUCUACCACCUCUACAUCAAGACACCACGCAAAAUGUUCCGCCACACAGACAGCCUGUUUCCCAUGCUGCUGAAAACACUGUCUGAUGAAUCUGAUGAGGUGAUACUGAAAGAUCUGGAGGUGUUAGCUGAAAUAGCAUCAUCUCCUGCCGGCCAAACGGACCAAGUCAGCUCCUGCGAUGGUGCUGAAAACAAACUGGAGCUCAAGGUCCCGGAGAGCGCCAAAUCUGGACAGCAACCCAGCAUAGGCUCCAAAGCAGUGGACUCCUCCCCCUCCACUCCCAGUAUGAACUCCUAUUUUUACAAGUUCAUGAUCAACCUGCUGAAACGCUUCAGUCUGGAGAGGAAGCUUCUGGAGAACAGAGGAGCUUUCAUCAUCCGGCAGCUCUGUCUGCUGCUACACGCAGAGAACAUCUUCCACUCCAUGGCUGACAUCUUGCUGAAGGAGGAGGACCUCAAAUUUGCAUCCACCAUGGUUCAGACACUCAACACCAUCCUGCUCACCUCGGCUGAGCUCUUCCAGUUACGCAACCAGCUGAAAGACCUGCGCACUCAGGAGAGCUGUGCUUUGUUUUGCUGCCUGUAUCGUUCCUGGUGUCACAACCCUGUGGCCACUGUGUCGCUCUGUUUCCUCACGCAGAACUACAAACACGCCUACGAUCUCAUCCAGAAGUUUGGAGACCUGGAGGUGACAGUAGACUUCCUGAUAGAGGUCGACAAGCUGGUACAGCUCAUUGAAAGCCCCAUUUUCACCUACCUGCGCCUGCAGCUCCUAGAUGUGGAGAACAACCCCUACCUGAUAAAGGCACUGUAUGGCCUGCUGAUGCUGCUGCCACAGAGCCAGGCCUUCCAGCUGCUCUCCCACCGCUUGCGGUGUGUCCCCAACCCAGAGCUCAUGAGGACUGUGGAUGAAUCCAAGUAUAUGGACUCUAAACAGCAAGUGGCCUCAAAACGUGCCUCUUACACUCAGAUGGAUUACAAUGAGCUGCUCCAGCAUUUUGACCGCGUUCAAAGCAAACACCUGGAGGUCCGACACCAACGCUCUGGUCGUGCCUCUGAUCAUUUCGACAGGAAGCUGAUGUGAAGUCAUUGUGCCAUAGUGACCUCUGGCCCCUGAGGACAGCAAGAGGGUGGGGGGGAUAUUAACCCCAAGAACAAUAUAUUUAGUUGUACUGGAAAAGAUUAUUAAGAUGCUAUUGAAUCAAAAAAGUAUUAAGUAUGAUUUUGUCUUAUCAGAGAAGCACUGGGUAUACAUUGUCAAAAAAAACACUGAUGCAUUUGUAAAUGUCUUUGCUAAUAAUGAAGAGAAUGUUCUGUAACAUAAGAAACAAAACUGAAAAACAUUUAGUAAAGGUCAGACUAUACACAGGCAAACACAAGUUAUAACUGUCUGUGAAGAUUUGAAGGUUGCACAUAAUUUCUCAUACAUCAUAAAUUGUGGAAAUAGUGAAAAUAUGACCAUGUCCCGAGUUUCCAUCAUGUCCUGUCAGCAUCUGAGAUUUGUUCCAGCUAAAUGGAAUGUUCAGUGUUUCAAGUGAAUCUGACAUGCAUUUCAGUGUUAAAUAUCACACUUAAAUAUCCAUGUGAACCACAUUAUUUUUGUGGUGUAUCCUGUUGAGCAGUAUAAAAUAGAGCAUGCAUUCAGGGUUGCCUUAAUCUCUUGUCAGCCAGAAAAGAAAACUCACGUGUAGAGUAUUGACCCAGCUCAACUGAGAUUUUAAACUUUGGAAGCUAUGGAUGACUGAACUCUGGCAUACAUUCUUAGUAGGCCCAUGUUGUUCCACCUCCAUUUCUUAGUGCCGUUGAGCAGAAACUUAAUGUUCACCUCCAGCUUUUAAUUCAAUGUCUUCCUUAUAUAUUCUUCACAAAAUAUGUAUUUCUCUUUGUACAGUGUCUGUUCAUCUAUUCUUAAAAAGAUUCAUGCUUUUGUCAGUCCUGUGUCAAAAUCAAUAAAGUGGACCAUGUGAUUAAAAAUUUACUUUUUUAUAUUUAUAUAUAUAUAUCUCAUUGUAUGUCAUUACAAAUACUGGUUAAAAGUGUGUGUGAGGGGAGGAGAAGAAAGCAGCAGACACAUUAGUACUACUAAUGACCCAUGUCUGUGUUACAUCCUGCAUAACCUGCAGCCACUGGAAAAUGGUCUGGUCGAUAUUUUGGAUUUAUUAUUAUAAUUAGGCUCGUUACACAUCAAGCUCCAAAUGUCCACUAAUAAAUCAAGUUUACUUCUUUAAAUUGUGUAAAUGCAUUGUGUUAACUUUUUCUAUAUAUUUCUAUUAUGAUUAUGAGCUUGUAAUACAGAGUUGUAUGGCU